GAAAAAUUGUUUCGCGUGUUGGCGUUUACAGUACACGGUGAAUUUCUAAUUCUCUCCUGCCACGCACACGUUUAUUGAAAACCGUUGUUACAUGGCGCUAUACUAUAUCUUCCUGCUCUCUAUUUCUGGAGCCCUACAGAACCGUUUGACGUCGGCAGCAAGCGCUAAACAGGAAAGCGACUGCAGUGCUCAACAGUCCGCGGAUAUUUCCCACUCUUCCGCAACCACAGCAUCGCAUGCACCUGUUUUCCCUUUCCGCACGGACACCUUGACGUUGGACGAAUGCCAGGCGUACGGUGCAAUACCCACUAGCUACCUGUGCAAUCCUGCUUUCUCCGCCCGGGGAUGUAAUCGAACCGACGAUGACGAUUCCCUGCUGCAACCAAUGUCCAGAACCUUCAUUGAGCUAUCCUGUUCGUGGCAUAAUCGCACGUUUCUGGCCGCAAUGACCAACCAUCUUAAGACAGUUAGCCCCAAUCGAGCGGUGAUCAUAGAGCUGGACGAAAAGAACGAUACAACGGAUCCGGUUCACUCUGACGUCAUCGAGCCAGUCCGCCAGCAGUUAAUUGCUUUGACGAUCCAUCAUUGUGUUACCCAUACUGUUACGUCCAAAAUUAAUGCAGUAGGGAGUUUUCCUUAUUUGGUGCGAUUAGUAAUGAAGAGCUGUUGGGGACUGAUAAUUAAGAAAAAGGAUCUGGAAAAUAUGCAACAGCUGCGUAUGGUUCAGUUCAUUGCUGCGACGAUUGCAGAAAUGGAACCGUACACCUUCACGAAUCUGAAGAAUCUCCAGAGCUUGCGACUGGAAGAAGAACUUCGCUAUUUGCUGAAGCAGAGAGCCGACAAUAAUUCUAAAUCGAUCCGCGGCAACUUAAUUGCGGACAGCGAUGUCAAUCGAAUUGCACGACUUCAUUGCAACUGUUCCUUGGCAUGGUUUCGUAAUUUCCUGCAGGCGAAACCACACUUGAUCGCGGAAAAACGGGAAGGAGAAGUGUAUGUCGUUGGCAAUUUUAUAUCAGACCGUGUUUUCGCUGUUGGGAUGUUUCGAUCUGUGCUUAAUGUGGACUGUGCGAAAAACGUAUCCAUUCACAAUAUUAAUGCCGGCCCAAAAUUCUCGUACAAUACAGGCUGUUUUGAUAUUCAGUGUUAGGAUACUGUCUGCAUAAAAUUAAUAUGAGUAAUGCCAAAUGAUUAGUAAUGUCACUCUGAUAGUUCUACUAAUUCUUGGGUCAAAUGAAUACGAAAGAUAUAUUUUCCAGCUCAGCGUCAGUCGCUA